AUGGCAAAAUUAGUUUUAUCUGAAAACAGUUUGUUUGGAGAGAUUGAGCAGAGGGCUCAAUGCGCCCAUAGUAACGAAAAGUUGGCCACGGCGCAUUGCGUUUCCGAGGACUUCCAAAUGGGAAAAGCAUUUGCCGUUAACUUCAAGCUGAAGUACGGAUCCCUCGGAGCCCUGAUGGACCAAAAGGUCAGAGUCGGUGGUGUGGCGGAAUUAAACCCUAGUGAUGAGGGACAACAAUUUUAUGUGUUUUACCUCGUCACAAAGGCUUUAUUUCACCAUAAACCGACUCUCCAAUCACUGGCUGAGUCAUUACUCCAGUUACGGGAUCGAUUAUUGGAUUUAAGUAUAAAUCAAUUAAUCAUCCCAAAACUGGGGUGUAACUUGGAUCGGCUAAAUUGGUAUCAGGUGCGUGGCCUACUUUUCGAUACCUUUGAGAGCUGUGGUAUGAUGACCAUCACAGUGUGUGACCCAGAACACUUUGAAAUACUGCCACAUAAACUAGCGCCCCUUAGUGAAGAAAGUAUGGAUUUUUUUGGCACUUCCAAUAGCCAUGGACCUGCAACAGCACCUGAAGUACUGGUAUUACCCAUUGAUUUAUGUAGUGCCAGUACAAAUGAAACAUUUUUAAAAUGUUUGAAUCAUUUCAAUUUGAAGGCCGAAUUAAUGGAUAGCGGAUUUUGGGCCACAUUAAAGCGGGGUCAAGUUGUGGCCAAAUACCUAAGUUCAAAAAAAAUAAUUUUUUGGUUGUACGGCGAGGAAGACUCAUUUUUCACAACUUUGGAAACCCAAAUCGUCGAAACCUUGUCAUUGGGGCUCGCGUAUUAUUUUUCUGGAGCUCAAGUCCACCGCGUGCCGCACUUGGGUAGUACAUAUUUUGAAUCUAUUUUGAAUGCCCUUUCCAUUAAAUAUAGUUUUGAAAAUAUCUUUUUUGGUGAUCACACCGAAAAAGCCUUCCAAAAUACACCUACCAGCCGAUUCGUCCGUAAACUCAUAAAUAUCAUACAUUUUAAAGCGUAUUAUUUUUCUGGAGCUCAAGUCCACCGCGUGCCGCACUUGGGUAGUACAUAUUUUGAAUCUAUUUUGAAUGCCCUUUCGAUUAAAAAUAGUUUUGAAAAUAUCUUUUUUGGUGAUCACACCGAAAAAGCCUUCCAAAAUACACCUCCCAGCCGAUUCGUCCGUAAACUCAUAAAUAUCAUACAUUUUAAAGCGUAUUAUUUUUCUGGAGCUCAAGUCCACCGCGUGCCGCACUUGGGUAGUACAUAUUUUGAAUCUAUUUUGAAUGCCCUUUCGAUUAAAAAUAGUUUUGAAAAUAUCUUUUUUGGUGAUCACACCGAAAAAGCCUUCCAAAAUACACCUACCAGCCGAUUCGUCCGUAAACUCAUAAAUAUCAUACAUUUUAAAGCGUAUUAUUUUUCUGGAGCUCAAGUCCACCGCGUGCCGCACUUGGGUAGUACAUAUUUUGAAUCUAUUUUGAAUGCCCUUUCCAUUAAAUAUAGUUUUGAAAAUAUCUUUUUUGGUGAUCACACCGAAAAAGCCUUCCAAAAUACACCUACCAGCCGAUUCGUCCGUAAACUCAUAAAUAUCAUACAUUUUAAAGCGUAUUAUUUUUCUGGAGCUCAAGUCCACCGCGUGCCGCACUUGGGUAGUACAUAUUUUGAAUCUAUUUUGAAUGCCCUUUCGAUUAAAAAUAGUUUUGAAAAUAUCUUUUUUGGUGAUCACACCGAAAAAGCCUUCCAAAAUACACCUCCCAGCCGAUUCGUCCGUAAACUCAUAAAUAUCAUACAUUUUAAAGCGUAUUAUUUUUCUGGAGCUCAAGUCCACCGCGUGCCGCACUUGGGUAGUACAUAUUUUGAAUCUAUUUUGAAUGCCCUUUCGAUUAAAAAUAGUUUUGAAAAUAUCUUUUUUGGUGAUCACACCGAAAAAGCCUUCCAAAAUACACCUACCAGCCGAUUCGUCCGUAAACUCAUAAAUAUCAUACAUUUUAAAGCGUAUUAUUUUUCUGGAGCUCAAGUCCACCGCGUGCCGCACUUGGGUAGUACAUAUUUUGAAUCUAUUUUGAAUGCCCUUUCGAUUAAAAAUAGUUUUGAAAAUAUCUUUUUUGGUGAUCACACCGAAAAAGCCUUCCAAAAUACACCUCCCAGCCGAUUCGUCCGUAAACUCAUAAAUAUCAUACAUUUUAAAGCGUAUUAUUUUUCUGGAGCUCAAGUCCACCGCGUGCCGCACUUGGGUAGUACAUAUUUUGAAUCUAUUUUGAAUGCCCUUUCGAUUAAAAAUAGUUUUGAAAAUAUCUUUUUUGGUGAUCACACCGAAAAAGCCUUCCAAAAUACACCUACCAGCCGAUUCGUCCGUAAACUCAUAAAUAUCAUACAUUUUAAAGCGUAUUAUUUUUCUGGAGCUCAAGUCCACCGCGUGCCGCACUUGGGUAGUACAUAUUUUGAAUCUAUUUUGAAUGCCCUUUCCAUUAAAUAUAGUUUUGAAAAUAUCUUUUUUGGUGAUCACACCGAAAAAGCCUUCCAAAAUACACCUACCAGCCGAUUCGUCCGUAAACUCAUAAAUAUCAUACAUUUUAAAGCGUAUUAUUUUUCUGGAGCUCAAGUCCACCGCGUGCCGCACUUGGGUAGUACAUAUUUUGAAUCUAUUUUGAAUGCCCUUUCGAUUAAAAAUAGUUUUGAAAAUAUCUUUUUUGGUGAUCACACCGAAAAAGCCUUCCAAAAUACACCUACCAGCCGAUUCGUCCGUAAACUCAUAAAUAUCAUACAUUUUAAAGCGUAUUAUUUUUCUGGAGCUCAAGUCCACCGCGUGCCGCACUUGGGUAGUACAUAUUUUGAAUCUAUUUUGAAUGCCCUUUCGAUUAAAAAUAGUUUUGAAAAUAUCUUUUUUGGUGAUCACACCGAAAAAGCCUUCCAAAAUACACCUACCAGCCGAUUCGUCCGUAAACUCAUAAAUAUCAUACAUUUUAAAGCGUAUUAUUUUUCUGGAGCUCAAGUCCACCGCGUGCCGCACUUGGGUAGUACAUAUUUUGAAUCUAUUUUGAAUGCCCUUUCGAUUAAAAAUAGUUUUGAAAAUAUCUUUUUUGGUGAUCACACCGAAAAAGCCUUCCAAAAUACACCUACCAGCCGAUUCGUCCGUAAACUCAUAAAUAUCAUACAUUUUAAAGCGUAUUAUUUUUCUGGAGCUCAAGUCCACCGCGUGCCGCACUUGGGUAGUACAUAUUUUGAAUCUAUUUUGAAUGCCCUUUCGAUUAAAAAUAGUUUUGAAAAUAUCUUUUUUGGUGAUCACACCGAAAAAGCCUUCCAAAAUACACCUACCAGCCGAUUCGUCCGUAAACUCAUAAAUAUCAUACAUUUUAAAGCGUAUUAUUUUUCUGGAGCUCAAGUCCACCGCGUGCCGCACUUGGGUAGUACAUAUUUUGAAUCUAUUUUGAAUGCCCUUUCCAUUAAAAAUAGUUUUGAAAAUAUCUUUUUUGGUGAUCACACCGAAAAAGCCUUCCAAAAUACACCUACCAGCCGAUUCGUCCGUAAACUCAUAAAUAUCAUACAUUUUAAAGCGUAUUAUUUUUCUGGAGCUCAAGUCCACCGCGUGCCGCACUUGGGUAGUACAUAUUUUGAAUCUAUUUUGAAUGCCCUUUCCAUUAAAAAUAGUUUUGAAAAUAUCUUUUUUGGUGAUCACACCGAAAAAGCCUUCCAAAAUACACCUCCCAGCCGAUUCGUCCGUAAACUCAUAAAUAUCAUACAUUUUAAAGCGUAUUAUUUUUCUGGAGCUCAAGUCCACCGCGUGCCGCACUUGGGUAGUACAUAUUUUGAAUCUAUUUUGAAUGCCCUUUCGAUUAAAAAUAGUUUUGAAAAUAUCUUUUUUGGUGAUCACACCGAAAAAGCCUUCCAAAAUACACCUACCAGCCGAUUCGUCCGUAAACUCAUAAAUAUCAUACAUUUUAAAGCGUAUUAUUUUUCUGGAGCUCAAGUCCACCGCGUGCCGCACUUGGGUAGUACAUAUUUUGAAUCUAUUUUGAAUGCCCUUUCCAUUAAAAAUAGUUUUGAAAAUAUCUUUUUUGGUGAUCACACCGAAAAAGCCUUCCAAAAUACACCUACCAGCCGAUUCGUCCGUAAACUCAUAAAUAUCAUACAUUUUAAAGCGUAUUAUUUUUCUGGAGCUCAAGUCCACCGCGUGCCGCACUUGGGUAGUACAUAUUUUGAAUCUAUUUUGAAUGCCCUUUCGAUUAAAAAUAGUUUUGAAAAUAUCUUUUUUGGUGAUCACACCGAAAAAGCCUUCCAAAAUACACCUCCCAGCCGAUUCGUCCGUAAACUCAUAAAUAUCAUACAUUUUAAAGCGUAUUAUUUUUCUGGAGCUCAAGUCCACCGCGUGCCGCACUUGGGUAGUACAUAUUUUGAAUCUAUUUUGAAUGCCCUUUCGAUUAAAAAUAGUUUUGAAAAUAUCUUUUUUGGUGAUCACACCGAAAAAGCCUUCCAAAAUACACCUACCAGCCGAUUCGUCCGUAAACUCAUAAAUAUCAUACAUUUUAAAGCGUAUUAUUUUUCUGGAGCUCAAGUCCACCGCGUGCCGCACUUGGGUAGUACAUAUUUUGAAUCUAUUUUGAAUGCCCUUUCCAUUAAAUAUAGUUUUGAAAAUAUCUUUUUUGGUGAUCACACCGAAAAAGCCUUCCAAAAUACACCUACCAGCCGAUUCGUCCGUAAACUCAUAAAUAUCAUACAUUUUAAAGCGUAUUAUUUUUCUGGAGCUCAAGUCCACCGCGUGCCGCACUUGGGUAGUACAUAUUUUGAAUCUAUUUUGAAUGCCCUUUCGAUUAAAAAUAGUUUUGAAAAUAUCUUUUUUGGUGAUCACACCGAAAAAGCCUUCCAAAAUACACCUACCAGCCGAUUCGUCCGUAAACUCAUAAAUAUCAUACAUUUUAAAGCGUAUUAUUUUUCUGGAGCUCAAGUCCACCGCGUGCCGCACUUGGGUAGUACAUAUUUUGAAUCUAUUUUGAAUGCCCUUUCCAUUAAAAAUAGUUUUGAAAAUAUCUUUUUUGGUGAUCACACCGAAAAAGCCUUCCAAAAUACACCUACCAGCCGAUUCGUCCGUAAACUCAUAAAUAUCAUACAUUUUAAAGCGUAUUAUUUUUCUGGAGCUCAAGUCCACCGCGUGCCGCACUUGGGUAGUACAUAUUUUGAAUCUAUUUUGAAUGCCCUUUCGAUUAAAAAUAGUUUUGAAAAUAUCUUUUUUGGUGAUCACACCGAAAAAGCCUUCCAAAAUACACCUACCAGCCGAUUCGUCCGUAAACUCAUAAAUAUCAUACAUUUUAAAGCGUAUUAUUUUUCUGGAGCUCAAGUCCACCGCGUGCCGCACUUGGGUAGUACAUAUUUUGAAUCUAUUUUGAAUGCCCUUUCCAUUAAAAAUAGUUUUGAAAAUAUCUUUUUUGGUGAUCACACCGAAAAAGCCUUCCAAAAUACACCUACCAGCCGAUUCGUCCGUAAACUCAUAAAUAUCAUACAUUUUAAAGCGUAUUAUUUUUCUGGAGCUCAAGUCCACCGCGUGCCGCACUUGGGUAGUACAUAUUUUGAAUCUAUUUUGAAUGCCCUUUCCAUUAAAAAUAGUUUUGAAAAUAUCUUUUUUGGUGAUCACACCGAAAAAGCCUUCCAAAAUACACCUCCCAGCCGAUUCGUCCGUAAACUCAUAAAUAUCAUACAUUUUAAAGCGUAUUAUUUUUCUGGAGCUCAAGUCCACCGCGUGCCGCACUUGGGUAGUACAUAUUUUGAAUCUAUUUUGAAUGCCCUUUCCAUUAAAAAUAGUUUUGAAAAUAUCUUUUUUGGUGAUCACACCGAAAAAGCCUUCCAAAAUACACCUACCAGCCGAUUCGUCCGUAAACUCAUAAAUAUCAUACAUUUUAAAGCGUAUUAUUUUUCUGGAGCUCAAGUCCACCGCGUGCCGCACUUGGGUAGUACAUAUUUUGAAUCUAUUUUGAAUGCCCUUUCGAUUAAAAAUAGUUUUGAAAAUAUCUUUUUUGGUGAUCACACCGAAAAAGCCUUCCAAAAUACACCUCCCAGCCGAUUCGUCCGUAAACUCAUAAAUAUCAUACAUUUUAAAGCGUAUUAUUUUUCUGGAGCUCAAGUCCACCGCGUGCCGCACUUGGGUAGUACAUAUUUUGAAUCUAUUUUGAAUGCCCUUUCGAUUAAAAAUAGUUUUGAAAAUAUCUUUUUUGGUGAUCACACCGAAAAAGCCUUCCAAAAUACACCUACCAGCCGAUUCGUCCGUAAACUCAUAAAUAUCAUACAUUUUAAAGCGUAUUAUUUUUCUGGAGCUCAAGUCCACCGCGUGCCGCACUUGGGUAGUACAUAUUUUGAAUCUAUUUUGAAUGCCCUUUCCAUUAAAUAUAGUUUUGAAAAUAUCUUUUUUGGUGAUCACACCGAAAAAGCCUUCCAAAAUACACCUACCAGCCGAUUCGUCCGUAAACUCAUAAAUAUCAUACAUUUUAAAGCGUAUUAUUUUUCUGGAGCUCAAGUCCACCGCGUGCCGCACUUGGGUAGUACAUAUUUUGAAUCUAUUUUGAAUGCCCUUUCGAUUAAAAAUAGUUUUGAAAAUAUCUUUUUUGGUGAUCACACCGAAAAAGCCUUCCAAAAUACACCUCCCAGCCGAUUCGUCCGUAAACUCAUAAAUAUCAUACAUUUUAAAGCGUAUUAUUUUUCUGGAGCUCAAGUCCACCGCGUGCCGCACUUGGGUAGUACAUAUUUUGAAUCUAUUUUGAAUGCCCUUUCGAUUAAAAAUAGUUUUGAAAAUAUCUUUUUUGGUGAUCACACCGAAAAAGCCUUCCAAAAUACACCUACCAGCCGAUUCGUCCGUAAACUCAUAAAUAUCAUACAUUUUAAAGCGUAUUAUUUUUCUGGAGCUCAAGUCCACCGCGUGCCGCACUUGGGUAGUACAUAUUUUGAAUCUAUUUUGAAUGCCCUUUCGAUUAAAAAUAGUUUUGAAAAUAUCUUUUUUGGUGAUCACACCGAAAAAGCCUUCCAAAAUACACCUCCCAGCCGAUUCGUCCGUAAACUCAUAAAUAUCAUACAUUUUAAAGCGUAUUAUUUUUCUGGAGCUCAAGUCCACCGCGUGCCGCACUUGGGUAGUACAUAUUUUGAAUCUAUUUUGAAUGCCCUUUCGAUUAAAAAUAGUUUUGAAAAUAUCUUUUUUGGUGAUCACACCGAAAAAGCCUUCCAAAAUACACCUACCAGCCGAUUCGUCCGUAAACUCAUAAAUAUCAUACAUUUUAAAGCGUAUUAUUUUUCUGGAGCUCAAGUCCACCGCGUGCCGCACUUGGGUAGUACAUAUUUUGAAUCUAUUUUGAAUGCCCUUUCCAUUAAAAAUAGUUUUGAAAAUAUCUUUUUUGGUGAUCACACCGAAAAAGCCUUCCAAAAUACACCUACCAGCCGAUUCGUCCGUAAACUCAUAAAUAUCAUACAUUUUAAAGCGUAUUAUUUUUCUGGAGCUCAAGUCCACCGCGUGCCGCACUUGGGUAGUACAUAUUUUGAAUCUAUUUUGAAUGCCCUUUCGAUUAAAAAUAGUUUUGAAAAUAUCUUUUUUGGUGAUCACACCGAAAAAGCCUUCCAAAAUACACCUCCCAGCCGAUUCGUCCGUAAACUCAUAAAUAUCAUACAUUUUAAAGCGUAUUAUUUUUCUGGAGCUCAAGUCCACCGCGUGCCGCACUUGGGUAGUACAUAUUUUGAAUCUAUUUUGAAUGCCCUUUCGAUUAAAAAUAGUUUUGAAAAUAUCUUUUUUGGUGAUCACACCGAAAAAGCCUUCCAAAAUACACCUACCAGCCGAUUCGUCCGUAAACUCAUAAAUAUCAUACAUUUUAAAGCGUAUUAUUUUUCUGGAGCUCAAGUCCACCGCGUGCCGCACUUGGGUAGUACAUAUUUUGAAUCUAUUUUGAAUGCCCUUUCGAUUAAAAAUAGUUUUGAAAAUAUCUUUUUUGGUGAUCACACCGAAAAAGCCUUCCAAAAUACACCUACCAGCCGAUUCGUCCGUAAACUCAUAAAUAUCAUACAUUUUAAAGCGUAUUAUUUUUCUGGAGCUCAAGUCCACCGCGUGCCGCACUUGGGUAGUACAUAUUUUGAAUCUAUUUUGAAUGCCCUUUCGAUUAAAAAUAGUUUUGAAAAUAUCUUUUUUGGUGAUCACACCGAAAAAGCCUUCCAAAAUACACCUACCAGCCGAUUCGUCCGUAAACUCAUAAAUAUCAUACAUUUUAAAGCGUAUUAUUUUUCUGGAGCUCAAGUCCACCGCGUGCCGCACUUGGGUAGUACAUAUUUUGAAUCUAUUUUGAAUGCCCUUUCGAUUAAAAAUAGUUUUGAAAAUAUCUUUUUUGGUGAUCACACCGAAAAAGCCUUCCAAAAUACACCUACCAGCCGAUUCGUCCGUAAACUCAUAAAUAUCAUACAUUUUAAAGCGUAUUAUUUUUCUGGAGCUCAAGUCCACCGCGUGCCGCACUUGGGUAGUACAUAUUUUGAAUCUAUUUUGAAUGCCCUUUCGAUUAAAAAUAGUUUUGAAAAUAUCUUUUUUGGUGAUCACACCGAAAAAGCCUUCCAAAAUACACCUACCAGCCGAUUCGUCCGUAAACUCAUAAAUAUCAUACAUUUUAAAGCGUAUUAUUUUUCUGGAGCUCAAGUCCACCGCGUGCCGCACUUGGGUAGUACAUAUUUUGAAUCUAUUUUGAAUGCCCUUUCGAUUAAAAAUAGUUUUGAAAAUAUCUUUUUUGGUGAUCACACCGAAAAAGCCUUCCAAAAUACACCUACCAGCCGAUUCGUCCGUAAACUCAUAAAUAUCAUACAUUUUAAAGCGUAUUAUUUUUCUGGAGCUCAAGUCCACCGCGUGCCGCACUUGGGUAGUACAUAUUUUGAAUCUAUUUUGAAUGCCCUUUCCAUUAAAAAUAGUUUUGAAAAUAUCUUUUUUGGUGAUCACACCGAAAAAGCCUUCCAAAAUACACCUACCAGCCGAUUCGUCCGUAAACUCAUAAAUAUCAUACAUUUUAAAGCGUAUUAUUUUUCUGGAGCUCAAGUCCACCGCGUGCCGCACUUGGGUAGUACAUAUUUUGAAUCUAUUUUGAAUGCCCUUUCGAUUAAAAAUAGUUUUGAAAAUAUCUUUUUUGGUGAUCACACCGAAAAAGCCUUCCAAAAUACACCUACCAGCCGAUUCGUCCGUAAACUCAUAAAUAUCAUACAUUUUAAAGCGUAUUAUUUUUCUGGAGCUCAAGUCCACCGCGUGCCGCACUUGGGUAGUACAUAUUUUGAAUCUAUUUUGAAUGCCCUUUCCAUUAAAAAUAGUUUUGAAAAUAUCUUUUUUGGUGAUCACACCGAAAAAGCCUUCCAAAAUACACCUACCAGCCGAUUCGUCCGUAAACUCAUAAAUAUCAUACAUUUUAAAGCGUAUUAUUUUUCUGGAGCUCAAGUCCACCGCGUGCCGCACUUGGGUAGUACAUAUUUUGAAUCUAUUUUGAAUGCCCUUUCCAUUAAAAAUAGUUUUGAAAAUAUCUUUUUUGGUGAUCACACCGAAAAAGCCUUCCAAAAUACACCUCCCAGCCGAUUCGUCCGUAAACUCAUAAAUAUCAUACAUUUUAAAGCGUAUUAUUUUUCUGGAGCUCAAGUCCACCGCGUGCCGCACUUGGGUAGUACAUAUUUUGAAUCUAUUUUGAAUGCCCUUUCGAUUAAAAAUAGUUUUGAAAAUAUCUUUUUUGGUGAUCACACCGAAAAAGCCUUCCAAAAUACACCUACCAGCCGAUUCGUCCGUAAACUCAUAAAUAUCAUACAUUUUAAAGCGUAUUAUUUUUCUGGAGCUCAAGUCCACCGCGUGCCGCACUUGGGUAGUACAUAUUUUGAAUCUAUUUUGAAUGCCCUUUCCAUUAAAAAUAGUUUUGAAAAUAUCUUUUUUGGUGAUCACACCGAAAAAGCCUUCCAAAAUACACCUACCAGCCGAUUCGUCCGUAAACUCAUAAAUAUCAUACAUUUUAAAGCGUAUUAUUUUUCUGGAGCUCAAGUCCACCGCGUGCCGCACUUGGGUAGUACAUAUUUUGAAUCUAUUUUGAAUGCCCUUUCGAUUAAAAAUAGUUUUGAAAAUAUCUUUUUUGGUGAUCACACCGAAAAAGCCUUCCAAAAUACACCUACUAGCCGAUUCGUCCGUAAACUCAUAAAUAUCAUACAUUUUAAAGCGUAUUAUUUUUCUGGAGCUCAAGUCCACCGCGUGCCGCACUUGGGUAGUACAUAUUUUGAAUCUAUUUUGAAUGCCCUUUCGAUUAAAAAUAGUUUUGAAAAUAUCUUUUUUGGUGAUCACACCGAAAAAGCCUUCCAAAAUACACCUCCCAGCCGAUUCGUCCGUAAACUCAUAAAUAUCAUACAUUUUAAAGCGUAUUAUUUUUCUGGAGCUCAAGUCCACCGCGUGCCGCACUUGGGUAGUACAUAUUUUGAAUCUAUUUUGAAUGCCCUUUCGAUUAAAAAUAGUUUUGAAAAUAUCUUUUUUGGUGAUCACACCGAAAAAGCCUUCCAAAAUACACCUCCCAGCCGAUUCGUCCGUAAACUCAUAAAUAUCAUACAUUUUAAAGCGUAUUAUUUUUCUGGAGCUCAAGUCCACCGCGUGCCGCACUUGGGUAGUACAUAUUUUGAAUCUAUUUUGAAUGCCCUUUCCAUUAAAAAUAGUUUUGAAAAUAUCUUUUUUGGUGAUCACACCGAAAAAGCCUUCCAAAAUACACCUCCCAGCCGAUUCGUCCGUAAACUCAUAAAUAUCAUACAUUUUAAAGCGUAUUAUUUUUCUGGAGCUCAAGUCCACCGCGUGCCGCACUUGGGUAGUACAUAUUUUGAAUCUAUUUUGAAUGCCCUUUCGAUUAAAAAUAGUUUUGAAAAUAUCUUUUUUGGUGAUCACACCGAAAAAGCCUUCCAAAAUACACCUCCCAGCCGCGUGGCAUAUACAUUUUAA